UAUUAUUUGCCAGAUUCGUUCAUCAAACGACAAUGGAACGGAGACCGUAGCACUGGAUGCAUCAAAAUUAACAACUCCUGGUUGGCGAAGUAUUCCAGUGACUGAUAAAGCAAUCUUCAUGACUGAACCUAUCGGUCUAGAAAAUAAAUUGUAUUUUUGGGACACGAAAGAUGGGAAUUCUUAUUUCAAAAUACUGGACAUGACCGACCCCAACUGGCCCAGUGUAUCCGAUAUCCAAGGAUCCGAACGGAUGCAACACGUCAGCCAUGUAGCUCGAUAUGGCAACAAACUGAUUUACAUCGGAAGUCCGAAUUCAUUUGAAAGCCCACAGUUUGUGGAAUGCUAUAACACGGAAACUGGAACGUGGAAACCUAAACCUCUAGGGCAGCUGCCAGAAAAGCGUACAGGAUUUGCGCUUGUUGUUGUGAAGGCUGACAUUUACAUUCUCGGAGGCAGUAGUGAUGUGCACAAUGGCAGUCAGCCGCUGAAAUCAUGUUUGCGAUUAAACAACAGAACCAGCCAGUGGGAACCAAUAAGCGACAUGUUAUGCAACCGGACGGAUCACUGCGCCUUUGUUUCGGAGAGCCGAAUUCAUGUUUACGGAGGUCGAGUCAACGGAACAGACGAACUAUCGCAAACAAUGGAGGUCUACGAUAUAAAGCAAAAUUCAUGGUCCCGUUUUCAUCUGACGGACUUGGAAGAUAUUGAUAAGGAUCCUAGCCUUAAUGUUUCGUACGCUGUUCGAGUAUCGCUAAAUUCCGUAUCCAAUGUACUUACUAGAGACUAGAGAGUCGGCGCCUGAGACAUUCCGCUAACAGUUUUUGUAACUCCUUUUAACUAUAUGCAUUUCAUCAGCUUUAGGAAGAGGCAUUUCCAUAGUUAAUUUGCCAUGAUAAUCGGUUAUGCAAAAUAUCAUUAAUGUACGGUAGUAUCCCUUUUGUUUCGUAAUUAUGUUAUGAUUGUUUUCGCCAUAUUUCGAUUUGUGAUUUUGGUUCUAUUACUAUACAUUAUUCCGCACUAGCGGAAUUCGCAGAUAGUGUACGGUAGGUAGAUAUUCUGUCAUUACAAUCUACAUAAAACAAUUAACCAUUCUUCCACUAGAAAC